UAAAGUGUCAUAAUAUAUAGUAAAAGUUAGUAAUGUUGGGAAAGUUAAUGGCUAAAUCAUUUUUUAAAACGUUUCACUGGACAUUGUGGAGGACGAGGGGAGUUCUGUCAAUCCACCAUUGCGUAUUACGUUAGUGUGGGAAGGCGUCGUGUUGUGUUUUGACGCCGCUCGCGGUGACAGCGCGGUGAAAUGGCGCUUCGUUCCUGGUGAUUCAGUCGUGUGGCGCGCGCGUUAGCCGCCACUGUCUCGUUGUGCUAGUGCCCAUGCGAGUGCCCGGAGCGCCGCGAUGAGGUGGACCACGACUCCUUACCGCGCCAAAGAGCGCGCCAAUAUCAGUUGCUUCAUCUUCAUUAUGUUCUUUGCGGUGUUUGGUUUCAUUAUAUUAACUGAACUACUGCCGCCAAAAGACCCCGUUACAUCCAACAACUCGAGAUCCCGUAGUGACCAUCUCCAGGGAUGGGACAGUAGAUCUAGUGCAGGCGGUGAGGAGAGUGAGAGUCCGCCGCCUGCACUCAUCCCAUUGGACGCUGUAUGGCAACCUGUUGGUGGCACUCGGUUUCGUUUCUACGUGUAUUCAGCGUACGUGGAGCGGCGGACGAUAGCGGCAGUGCGCGUCAUUGCGGCCACUAAGACGCGGGGGGCCGACAGCGUAAUGUGUCGCUUGUGGCUACUUAACAACCGGACACUCACACUUAAAGCCAAAGUCAAAGCCAUCCGUGAAAAUUGGAACUUAAAGUUUAGUGCGACGUACGUACUGUGUUUGCUGGCCGAUUCGGGAGUGAAGCCACAUGAGACAGUUGGGGCUUCGGUGGCAGUACUGGCCACUGACAAACUCAACUCACUACCUACCAACCUACUCAUCGUACAAGAUACAGAACCGAAACCAGGAAUCGAGGAAAAUCUACACAUAUGCGUGAAGCCGUUCCACUUCUCGUUCAACCGCUUCGAUUGGCUGGUGGAGUGGUUCGAGAUGAACCGACUACUGGGCGCUAGUCACUUCUACAUGUACAACCAGUCACUUAGUUCUUCCGUAGAAUGCCUACUCGAAGACUACCGCAAGAAGGGUCUCGUCACGUUGCUGUCUUGGCAACUUCCUAUAUUAUCAAAAGUGGAAAUCAGAACAGAAGGCCAGUUCGCGGCGUUCAACGACUGCCUAUACAGGUCGAUGUCGCGCACGGGCUGGUUGCUCGUGAUAGACGUGGAUGAAGUGGUGUUCCCGCGCAGGGAGCGCACCUUACCUGCCUUAUUGACGUCUCUGAGAGCGUCGUACCAACCGCGCUCUAAAGCGCCCUCUGCAUUCUUAUUCCGGAAUGCUUUCUUCUAUCUUAAAUGGGAGGAUGACCCUGAGGCAAAUUCGCCUCUAUUAAGUUCUCGUAAGACGCGGCGGUGGAGCACGCCGCACUCGUUGAAGAACCGCAGCAAGUACGCGCUGCGGCCGCGCGACGCCGUGGAGCUCGGCAACCACUUCGUGUGGGAGCUCGCGCCCGGGGCCAGCUCCGUCGGUGUCAACACUGACAGGGCGCUGCUGCAUCAUUAUCGGAUAAACUGUGAAUUUGGCGGCCUAACCUGCCUACAAGUUCCUUCAACAAUAGACAGGACAGCGCAUCGGUGGAAAGACGAGUUGAUGGAGCGCGUGACUACCCAACGCAAGCGGUUAGAGGCCGCGGGCUGCGUCCAAAAAGUAGUAGAACAAUAAAUUAACAUUAUUGAAGAUUUUUUUUUCUUGAAUGGCAAAUGGCAACCGAGUCUCUGAUCAGUGUUGUCGACUAUACUGCCAGUGUCGAGUGGUGAAGCCAGAUUGAGAAACGUCGAACUUUAACUUUGUAGUAGUUGUUAGUAGCUGGAAAGGAAAGGACAUUAUACCUAAUGCGCUCUAACAAGGUGCGGCUGACAGAUGCCAGUAUGACGUUGACGUCUCUCUUUAGGGAUGGACAUUAGAAAAAUCUUUUUUUAUCGCUAUCGAUACUCGCAGCAUACAUUUAAUUCUCUUGAAUUUUUUUAUUAAAUGUGUGUGUUAUUUAGUUGUGCAGUCUAACUACGUGUAUAUACUUGUCAAAAUAAAUAUUUUAUGACCGAG